UACACCUGCACCAAUGUGCAGCAUUCACACAAUCUGACAGGAAAUUGGCAACGUGCAAACGAUCUGGCCAUUCUACCAUGACUUCAGGGUUCAAAGAAAGAAACUCAAGCGGAGGUGAGCGGGAAGAGCGCCGCGGGUGGCGUUCGCAGUGUUGCUUUAUUACACAUGCUUGCCCGACGCUGAGGCAUAUAUCACCCACUUCGUAACCUCCUCGCACCACAAGAUCCUAGAGAUCGCCCAUACACACAUACACAAACGCAUACGCGUCGCUCAGCUCAUUUUCCGGACACCAUGUCUUCCGACACUCACACUUCACCUAAUGGCCCAGCACAAGACCAAGCUGCCGGGCAAACAAGCGCUCCAGUGAUCGCCGGCCCUACAGCAUCGUCAAACCAGGCCAACGUCGGCGCCGAGCAUAGGUCAGAUGUCAUUGAGCGCCUGCCAUCUGUAGACAAUGCAUCGUCGCGGGAAGCCAAGGACGAUGUCACUAUCGUCGUCAACAGCGACCCACUCGAUCUUGGUAAACACCGUCGAGACGAUGUCACCCAAAAACAGAUGAAGGCAGACCAUCCGCUCGCCAAGCCCAGACACAUGAAGAAAUUUUACACAAGACAGAAUGCCUUGAUCGACCAGUUCCUCCAGAGCGGCGACGAGGAGCGGUUAGCUGCUCUUGACCAGCUCGAGAAUGGACCAAAGGUCCGGUUUGCAGUCAACGCUUCCUUCAUCGUCAACUUCUGUUUGUUCGUCAUCCAGUUGUAUGCCGCCGUCUCGACAGGAUCGCUGUCGCUGUUUGCGACAGCUGCGGACGCUUUCAUGGACCUGGUCUCUUCGGUAGUCAUGCUCAUCACAUCUCGCAUGGCGGCACGGCCAAGCGUGUACAAGUACCCCGUGGGGAGGACCCGCAUUGAGACGAUUGGCAUCAUCAUGUUCUGUUGUUUGAUGACAACGGUUGCUAUCCAACUAAUCAUCGAAUCUGGGCGUGCCUUGGCUGGCGGUGCCACUGAAUCAGAGGAACUCCACAUCAUCCCCAUUGCCUUUGUCGCGACAGCCAUCUUCUGCAAAGGCUCACUUUGCAUCUAUUGCUUCCUCUUCCGACGCUACCCAGCCGUCCAUGUCUUCUUUAUCGACCAUCGCAACGACAUCAUCGUCAAUGCUUUCGGUCUUGCCAUGUCCAUUGUCGGUAGCCGAGUCGUCUGGUAUGUCGAUCCUAUCGGUGCCAUUCUCAUCGGUCUCUUGAUUCUCGUUUCCUGGGCUGCCAACGCCUUCGACCACGUUUGGUUGCUCGUUGGAAAAUCGGCACCAAAGGACUACAUCAGCAAGUUGAUCUAUCUCGUCGUCACACACGACAGCAGAAUCCAAAAGGUCGAUACCUGCCGCGCAUACCACGCUGGGCAAAACUACUACGUCGAGGUAGACAUUGUCAUGGAUGAAGGCCUACCGCUAAAGGUCACCCAUGACGUCUCGCAGACCCUGCAGAGGAAGCUCGAAGGCCUCGCCGAUGUUGAGCGAGCCUACGUACACGUCGACUACGAAAGCGAGCACGAUAUCUUCGAGGAGCAUAAACCACUCUACGAAGUCACGCAGUCGAAGACGAUCAAGGAGCGUGUUCAGGCUAUGCGCUACUUGUUCAAGAAGUCGGAGAAGGGUGCGUGAGCAUCGGACGAUGCGUGUUUUGUAUAUUACGGUGCUACGAUCACCAAAAGUUCACGUUUUCUUUAGAGUCAUUUAUACCCCCGUGCAGCAAUACACAAGACUGCAGAAACUACUGUUAAUGCGAAUGUUAU